AUGUCAUCUACUGAUGAAUCAAGUACUCGAAACAGCCCCCUGCACAAAGAAGAGGAGGUCAUGAACGGCCCUGGAGGUGCUGGCGAGCCCGAUGCCGCCGCUCCCCCAAGCAACUUCUCCUCUUCCUUCCAAGAAGCCCUGUUCAUCUUUAUCAUCGGCCUGUCGCAGCUCUUUUCCGUCGGCGGUCUGGGUAAUGCGGCGUAUUCGAUGCAGGAGAUCGGCCAGUCUCUCAACGUCACCAGCAACGGCCAGAAGUCUUGGUUUUUGGCAGCCUACUCUCUCUGUGGAGGUGUAUUUGUGCUCGUCACCGGCCGAUUGGGUGAUCAUUUCGGGCACAAGUAUGUCUUCCUGUUCGGGUGGAUCUGGAUGGCGAUUUGGUCGUUGAUCUGCGGCUUUGCCCACGACGUGAUCCUCUUCGAUAUUGCGCGCGGCAUGAUGGGCGUUGGCAGCGGAGCGCUGGUUCCAAAUUCAUUCGCGCUUCUCGCGCGCGCAUUCCCACCGUUCUCGAUCAAGAAGAACAUCGCUUUCGCCUUCCUGGGCUUCUGCGCCCCCUCCGGCUACAUCUUCGGUGGCCUCAUUGGGGCCGCCUUCGCCGAGAAGGUCACUUGGCGUUGGGGAUUCUGGUUCUGGGCCGUCGGCUGCCUCAUCCUUGGGAUGGUGUCGAUCAUCGUGGUGCCUCAUCGCGUGGGCUGCCCGAUCCCUGGUCUGAGUCUGAGCCAGUUUGACUACAUCGGCAGUAUGCUUGGUAUCUCCGCCCUGGUCUUGUUCUCCUUCUCCUGGAAUCAAGCCUCGGUCGUGGGCUGGCAGGAGCCAUACACGUACAUCCUGCUCAUCGUCAGCAUCGUGCUGCUGGCUGGGUUCAUUUUCUCCCAGUCCCGCGCAGCCGCACCCGUCCUGCCCAACUCGCUCUGGACCCGCAAGGGCUUCUCGCCCGUGGUCGCGGCCAUGUCCUUCGGCUGGAUGUCUUUCGGCAUCUUCCUCUACUACACCACCAACUUUAUCCUUACCAUCCGCAAUGCGCUGCCACUCACCGCGGUGGCCGAGAUGGUUCCCCUGGUCAUCGGAGGCUUCUUCGCCACCGCGUCUGUUGGCCUUUUCAUCGCCAAGGUACCCGCUCAGUACAUCUUUGGCGUGUCCAUGUUCUCCUUCUUCAUCGGCAACUUGCUUAUGAGCUUCGCCGACUACUCAAAGGUCUACUGGGCCUUUAUCUUCCCUGCCUGCCUGCUGGUCGUCGGUGGUCCUGAUCUGUCUUUUGCAUCUUCCGGUAUUCUCAUCUCCAAUGCCGUUCUGCCGGAGGAGCAGGGUGUCGCAGGGUCCUUCAUCUCGACUGUUGUCCAAUACUCGAUUUCCGUCGGGCUCGGUAUCGCCGCGACUGUCGAGGGCCACGUGAAUGAUGGCAGGAAGCUUGCCGUCCUGGGCUACCGUGGAGCGCUCUGGCUGGGUAUCGGCUUUGCAGUCAUCGGCUUCUUGAUCGUGGUUCUCUUCGUCCGCGAUACCCGGUCCGCUCCGAAGAAGGGGGAAGAGAUAAAGCAGAAGCCCAGUAGCGCGGAUGGCGUUACUGAGGACACGAGGGCUUAA